AUGAAUAUAUCUACAUUUUUAAAAAUCUUUGUUGUAGCUGAUACGCUUCCAUUCUUAAAUGAAUGUAUUACAUUAGCAAAUUGUAUGGCUGAUGUAGUUGUACAUGGAAAAGCAACAGCUAAUCUUGUUCAAGAUGUUAUUUUAGCUAAUGAUUGCCGUGAUGUAACACUCUAUUGUAUUGAUCUUUAUACCAAUUAUCAAGCAUCGUCAACAUCAAAUGAUAUUGAUAAACAGUCUAAUCAAUUAAUUCAUCGUUUAAAUUUACUAAUCGAAAAAACAAAAACAUUUUCCUCAUAA